AUGGUUGCAGCCAAGAAGCAAACCCUUAAGAAUGUCACAGACUACAUUGCUGAUGUCAUGUGCAAACGUGCUGAUGUCGGUUACAACUAUGGUGUCAUACUUAUACCGGAAGGACUCAUUGAUUUUAUUCCUGAGGUUCAGCAGCUAAUUGCAGAACUAAACGAGAUUUUGGCUCAUGAAGUUGUGGAUGAGGCUGGGGUCUGGAAAAAGAAGCUUAGCCCCCAGUGUCUGGAGCUUUUUGAUUUUCUACCACCAGCAAUCCAGGAACAAUUAAUGCUCGAGAGAGAUCCUCACGGGAAUGUUGCGAAAAUUGAAACCGAGAAAAUGCUUAUUCAAAUGGUUGAAACUGAGUUGGAGGCAAGGAAGCAGAUGUCCGCUUACAAAGGUCAAUUCAAGGGACAGUCUCACUUUUUUGGAUAUGAGGGGAGAUGUGGUUUACCUUCUAACUUUGAUGCCACUUACUGCUAUGCUUUGGGUUACGCGGCUGGUGCACUGCUUCAGAGUGGCAAAACAGGAUUAAUUUCCUCGAUUUACUGGAUAUGGUUGUCUUUUCCUCCUUCGCUCCAUGAUUUGAUAAGUGAAGCUUUCACUUACUUUGAAUUUGGAGUUUUCGUGUGGGUCGGUUUUUAUUUGUCUUUAAAAAUCUCAGUAGAAGUAUUGGAGUUGUUUCCAGAUGAUGAAACCCUUUCAAAUGUGAUAGAUUUCCUCUGA